AUGAUGAAGUUUGUGUUGUUCGCUGCUGUGCUGGCGUGCUGUGCCUACAUGUGUGUGUCACAAGUCAGGGGGGGUAUCUACUGCGGCCGACAGCUCUCCGAGACGCUGGCGAACCUGUGCUGGGGCCCCGAGCUCAACAAGCGCAGCUGGUGGGUGCCGCCGGCGGGCGCGCUGGCUGGCAUGCGCGGCAAGCGCGGCCUGGUGGACGAGUGCUGCAGCAAGUCCUGCACUAUAGAUGAACUAAUGAUGUACUGUUAG